AUGGGUGAAACUGCCAUUAUUCCCUUUGCGUGUAUCGUCAUAUCUAGCCUGCUUAUCUUUUUUGCCCGGAUCCUACUGCGUGAACGUGGCCAAGUCCUUGCGGCAGAGACUACUGAUUUAAAGACAAUUUACCAUACACCGAGUGAAAACCGUUCAGUCAUUGCGGCCGAGAUAAUUCACGGUGCGAGAAAUCAGUAUACAAAAUACGAAUCCAAAAGCGUCCCAAGCGAACCGAUACAGCGAGGAUUUAGAAUUCAAAAUGCUUUUACAAGCGACAAUAAAUCCUACGUUGAGGAAUUUGUUAAGAUGUCAAGGAAUUUGAUCAACAUAUCAAGUGACAACUGGGAGAUUAUUGUUUCAGCGACUCAAGACACUGUCAGGCGAUGGAAAAGCGACGCGCAAGGUGCUUGCGAAUCUCGACGUGAAGUUGAACUCGUACCUAUGGUACAGAAAAAGGUUACUACCAACGACGUCACCUUCAAAUCCCUUAGUAACCUGGCUGAGGCUAUCAAUGAAACAUGGAUUAUGUCCAAGAAAGAAGACACCUUCAUACCAUUCGAACAGAAUGAUAAAUUACGAUCAGCCCUUAUUGAGGUGUUACCAGACGGGAAUAUCUCGGAUCCCUGCGAGAACCCGUUAAACUUGAUAUUACCUGGUUUUGAAACCAUGUGGCGAGUGGUCUUACGAGGCUUUCUUGAGGUCGCAUACAAAGCAGGUAAAGAGCAUCCAAACUGGAGGGAAGCGCUCGUAAGCUACUCUAAAAAGCCUACCGCAGAGCAAUUCAAGCGAGCCUCUUCACCGGACGGGGCAUCUGCAAAAAAUCUAAUCAAGGAAGUACUUCGGCUUUAUCCACCAACGAAACGGAUAUAUAGAGCCUGGAAGGAAGCCAAUUUCCCUGAACCGAAGAUCAUCGCCGCGGAUGUUGAAGCUUGCCAUCUGUCAACAAGCAUCUGGGGAAAAACAGCUGGAAAAUUCGACCCUUUACGUUGGCAAAAAUUGACAAAGGAGCAAGAGGAAGCUUUUUUAGCUUUUGGAUCUAGACCCUUUGAGUGCCCAGCAAAACCAGUGUUUGGGCCACGGCUAGUAGGUGUACUGGUUGGAACCUUACUUGAUGCAUUUCCGCAUCACUGGACGUUGGUUUCAGCAUAUGGAGAUGCAGUGGAAUUCGGCACGGAGAGACUGAGUAACGAGAGAAUGGGAUGCUAUGGUUUGUAUCUAGAAUUGAUUCGCGACUAA